AUGCUUUCGCUCAAAAGAGGCUUACAUAGCACGGCUCAGGCCUGCGCCAGAACCAAAUACACCAAACCCAAACCUAAACCAAGGUCCAGACCCAAUGUGAGACCUCCCACACAAACUACGCACCACAGCAAAAACCUGAGUGUAACUGCACCAAUCCCCCCUGCUGCGUCCAAUAUAGUUACUCCUGAUGAUCAUCCUCUAUGGCAGUUUUUUUCUGACAAGAAGUAUCUCCGUAAGUUCGACGAACUGGACAAUGACUCUAGAGCAUGGACUAUUCCGGAGCUGCGGAGGAAAUCAUUCGACGAUUUGCAUUCUCUGUGGUAUACGUGCUUACGUGAAAGAAACGUUCUGGCUCGCGAAAACCAUCUGCUGAAAAAUGAUAUGGGUUCAAAUCAAGAUUCUUAUGAGGCAGUGGCUGAGAAAAUCAGAACCACGAUGUGGAGGAUCAGACAUGUUCUCAGCGAGCGCGACUGGGCAUUUCAAAGAGCUGGCCAAGAGUUGGGGUCUCAGAAGGAGUUAUUUUUAAAAGAGUUCGAGCACGAUUUUCUGGAAGCUCCAGCAGCAGAGGACGAAGAGUCUUUUGAAAAACUAGCAAGGCUACAACACAGCGUGUUUGGAAUUAGCGAGUAUAUUGACGAAAAUACGGUUGACCGAGCCUUUGUGGAUGGGAUGAAAUAUGUCGCUACUUUGAAACUCAAGAAAUUUGCGGGCAGACAACAAGAAAUUCAAUCAUUGCUUGAGGAAUCUGAGCAAAGCAUUUCAGACGCAGGUGAAGCGUUUGUUUUAUUCACCGCGGAAAAUACAGAAAUUGCCGUUAAGGAAGCUUGCGACGUUGUCAGAGAGCUUCGCGGCAAGAAUAAUUCGGUGUCACGUUAUGAUGAACUAGACACAGUUGCAGAUUACGUCAAGCAGCUAGCUGCUACCCAAGUGGACAAAACCUCGACAACCGUUGCAUAA